AUGGCUCCCAAUGGCUACCGUCCGAUUCACAAGCAAAUGAAUUGGGACCCAUUGGGGAGCGCGGCUGUUAACCUGAGAGGUGGCUCCCUUUGGGGACUGCUUGUGGUGUGGAUGAGCUACCCACCCAUCCGUUGUGCGGCUCCCAUGGGGCACCGUCUCCAUCUCCAUCCCCAGCAUAACCACUCACCGAGGCGGUCCCCAAUGGGGGCUGCGUCUAACGGACCGGUACUUAUCCUACAUUUGUUAAGUGGCUCCCAUUGGGACGAACUCCAUCCCAAGUAUAACAUGACGGCUCCCGUUGGGGACCGCCGACAAAUCCAGAACGCUGGUCAACAACCUGUGUCGGUCGGCUCGGGACCCGUGUCUCUUAAAGACCACCUCGUCAAGCAACUUCCUGUGAUGCGGCUCCCAACGGGGACCGUCUGUGUGGUCAGCGCGGUGUUCGUGACAGACGUGGUCCCCAAUGGGAGCUGCUUCAUGGUCAUGUGCUUGCCAACCAACCAACCAACCAACCAGAUGCUUGCCUUUGGGAGUGAUAUCAUGGACGGGCCGCGGACCCCAAUGGGAGCCGCCUCAUACGGCGGUGCUUUUGAAGUAUAUGUGUCCCAUUCUCAUAAUACCGGUGGUCCCCAAUGGGAGCCACCUCACAUGUGGGCGUCUCUUACCAGUGUGCUUCCUGGGCACGGUGCCCAUUGGGAGCCGCCUCCGUAUCCUCAUGAUGGGGACGGUCCCCGGGGAGAGCUGUUGCACAUACCGGCAGGUGUAUAUUGUGGUGACGCAAGUGACGGACCCCAAUGGGAGCCGUCUCACAGGUGGUCCCCAUCGGGAGCCACCUCACCGUUGCAGGUGUGGUCCCCCAAUAGGGUGCUUCAGAAGUGCGGUCUCCAAUGGGAGCUGCCUCACAGGUGGCUGCUUCAGAAGUGCGGUCCCCAAUGGCAGCAGCCUCACAUGAAUGCUGCAGAGAUGUGGUCCCCAUUGGGAGCCGCCUCACAUAUGGGGGUGCAGUGGAGAUGCGGUCCCCAUUGGGAGCCACCUCACAAAUCUAUCUGUGCUUCAGAGAUACGGUCCCCAUUAGGAGCCGCAUCACAACUCUGUGCUUCAGAUGUGCGGUCCCCAAUGGGAGCCACCUCAUACAAGGGUGCUUCAGAGAUCCGGUCCCCAUUGGGAGCCACCUCACAUAUGGACGGUCCCAAAUGGGAGCCGUCUCACACACAAGUAGACGGUCCCCAAUGGGAGCCGCGUCACAAGUCUGUGCUGGGGAGAUGCAGUCCCCAUUGGGAGCCGCCUCAUACAAGGGUGCUUGAGUGGGGUCCCCAAUGGGAGCCGUCUCACAGGUGGGUGAUUCAGAGAUGCGGUCCCCAAUGGGAGCCAUCUCAUACAAGGGUGCUUGAGUGCGGUCCCCAAUGGGAGCCGUCUCACAGGUGGGUGAUUCAGAGAUGCGGUCCCCAAUGGGAGCCAUCUCAUACAAGGGUGCUUGAGUGCGGUCCCCAAUGGGAGCCGUCUCACAGGUGGGUGAUUAAGAGAUGCGGUCCCCAAUGGGAGCCGUCUCAUACAAGGGUGCUUGAGUGCGGUCCCCAAUGGGAGCCGUCUCACAGACAUGCGGUCCCCAAUGGGAGCCGCCUCAUAUGGGGUGCUUCAGAGAUAUGGUCCCCAUUGGGAGCCGCCUCACAUAUGGGUGCUUCAGGCAUGCGGUCCCCAAUGGGAGCCGCCUCACAACUCUGUGUAUCAGAAGUGCGGUCCCCAAUGGGAGCCAUCUCAUAUGGGGUGCUUCAGAGAUAUGGUCCCCAUUGGGAGCCGCCUCACAUAUGGGUGCUUGAGACAUGCGGUCCCCAAUGGGAGCCGCCUCACAUAUGGGUGCUUCAGACAUGCGGUCCCCAAUGGGAGCCGCCUCAUAUGGGGUGCUUCAGAGAUAUGGUCCCCAUUGGGAGCCGCCUCACAUAUGGGUGCUUGAGACAUGCGGUCCCCAAUGGGAGCCGCCUCACACAUGGGUGUUUCAGAUGUGCGGUCCCCAAUUGGAACUGCCUCAUAGAGAUGCAUGCACGGUCCCCAAUGGGAGCCGCCUCAUACAAGGGUGCUUCAGAGAUCCAGUCCCCAUUGGGAGCCGCAUCACAACUCUGUGCUUCGGAAGUGCAGUCCCCAUUGGGAGCCGCUUUACAGGUGGGUGCUGCAGCAGGGCGGUCCCCAUUGGGAGCCGCCUCUCAUACAAGGGCGCUUCAGAGAUGCGGUCCCCAUUGGGAGCCGCAUCACAACUCUGUGUAUCAGAAGUGCGGUCCCCAAUGGGAGCCAUCUAAUCCAAGGGGUCCUGUGGAGAUGCGGUCCCCAAUGGGAGCCGCAUCACAUAUGGGUGCUUUUCAGACAGUGCGGUCCCCAAUGGGAGCCGCCUCACAGGUGGGUGCUUUGGAGAUGUGGUCCCCAAUGGGAGAUGCAUCUCAUAUGGGUGCUGUGGGGAGAUGCGGUCCCCAAUGGGAGCCGCCUCACAGGGUGACCCAAAAAGGUAAUGGCCGCCCAAGAUGUAACCCUAUGCUAGGGUUAGGGUCUAGCCCUUUGACCGGUCCACCUGGCAAUCCUACGGAAAUUGGUGGAAGCGCCACCACAAAUGCACCAGAUAAAAUUGUUCAGGAUAGCCAGAAACGUGCUCCCAGGGCUGUUAGUGCCAAGGGAAAAUCUACAGCAAUCGUUGAGUCCGAAGACGAAGACGAAGUUAUCGAGAAGCGUGCUCACAGGGCUGUUGCUUCCAAGGGAAAAUGGAAAGCAAUUGUUGAGUCCGAAGACGAAGACGAUCUUCAGCUGAUCGAGAAACGUGCUCCCAGGGUUGUCAGUUCCAAGGGGAAAUCGAAAGCAAUUGUUGAGUCAGAAGACGAAGACGAUCUUCAGCUUAUCGAGGAACGUGCUCCCAGGGUUGUCAGUUCCAAGGGGAAAUCGAAAGCAAUUGUUGAGUCAGAAGACGAAGACGAAGAUCUCGCCGGACAAUCAGCAUCUUACCGGGAGACGAAAAAUAAGAUUCAUGAUGCACUAUCACAGUCACAGAAAGAUCAGCCAGUGGUGACGGGCAAAAAGGCUGAUCGUGUCAAGGAUACGCUUGAUAUGAAACUGGGCAACAAUUCAGGGACUGCUGAGUAUUUAGGGCAAUUUGAUGAUAUUGAGCUCCCGACUGCCCAUGAGGAUUGGACACAUUGGAACAGGAUUGCGUUUGAAAGAGGAAACUCGCGCAUUUUCUUAAAGCUUGCGACAUGGAUCUUGCUGCGAAUGCGACAGCUAGCAAAUCGUCCCAUUGACGGAGAGGUCGAUGGAAUACUUGUUCCGGAGAGUCCUGCGUUCCUUGAGAUCGACAACGACGCCAAUUUCCACGAGGCACUAGGGAUGGACCGUCUAUAUUCUGCGCUUGUGCACAUGGACACGCACCCUCAAUACUUGGCCCACAUUUUCCACGAGGUGGGAAAGGCUUCAUCUGAAGAGCGCCUCGGAUGCAGUCACCCAAACUUUAGGCCCCUACCAGACCUACCGACUCCGAUUCACAGCAUGAUAUCAUACGACGAGUUGAGCUGGCUGCAGGUCAUGCCACCUGACGAUGAAGAUUCGGAUGACAUUGAUGCAGAAGGCGAUGUGGAUGAUGAUCAAGGGGAUGAUGAGGACGGGGAUGUAGCUGGGGCCCUCAAUGACAUGGAUAUCUCAGAGUCGCCUGACGUUCCUGAUGCAUCGGAACAACAGAAGCGGAAGAGGGCCAUGUCAAGCACGUUCUCUCCCCCAAAGCUAUCUAACCCUAUCCUACCCAAUUCUCAACAGAAGGACGGCGGACGGGGGCAUCCAAAGCGGUCCAAGAGUGGGACAGCAGAGCUCUUUCACCGUCCUUCAUCACCCAUCACGCGAUCCAUCAGCGAAGCUGCAACACCCACUUCAUCGGUCACAAAUACUCGUACCAUGCUCCCAUAUAAAUACGUCGCUCGCACGGUGCCAUCCCACCCUAUAACAUCCUCAGUUCACCAUACGCUCGACAACGUCCUGGAUGGGGGCCAUUCCUCCAAGAAUGAUCCACAUGUGCCAACGGAGGGUCCGCGCGAGGCGAUUAUCAGCGACAGUGGCGAUGACGCUGUCAUGAGCACCGACGAUCCCACCCACGCUCUUUCUGACUCUGACAGGGUCUCCGAUGGUGAUUCUGAUAGUGCGCCACCAGAUCAGUCCAGGAUGGACAGUAAUGCAUUGACUGACGCAGUGAUUAGGGAUUCUCACAUGAGGUCCCAAUCACUCACAGCUGGCACAUCCAAAGAGGAUGAAGAACGUUGGUUUGUCGAUAUGAGUGGUAAAUUGACAGGUGGUGAUCUCAUGGGUUGA